CCAUAUUUCUGAUCGAAGUUCAAGUGGAUAAUAUGGCAAUUCUAUUAGACUUAUUAUUUGUGGGAGAUAAAUAACAUUGGAUUGUAAGAGUACAUGGAAUAAUGACGUUGGAUUACUUACACUGGGUAGACUAUAUACAAAUCGCUUAAGUAUUUUCUCUCUCCAAUACUUGACAGCUUUUGUGUUCCAAUGGGUCUUAAUUUCACAAAAAAGGUCAUCCCAGUCAUACCAAUCAUCAUAAAUAGUCCAAUCCUCUUCUCUCUGUCCAUAUUCUUUGGUAAAUUCAUUGAAGGCUUUCUCCUUCUCAGCAUCUAUAUCCUCAUCAAACAUUUUGCUAAUAUUGUAGAUCAAUUAUACUUAAUAAAAAAUAAAGAGUGGCCCAGCAAAUUCUUCUUUCGAGCGAAGUGAUCAC